AUGGUCGACAGAUGUUUUGCUGUCAAAAAGCUUGUCUCGAAUAUAGAUAGCGAAAUCGCUAGACAUUUUCAAAAAGAUAAAAAUUUUAAUUUUUCUAAAAAUAUGUUAGAAAAAAAGUUUGCUGACAUUGACAAGAAAUUUGAGAAUGUUUUAAACAAGAACAAGAGGAAGUUAGAAAAUGCUCAGAUAAAACCCAUACAUGACAAGUUCUUAUUUGCUCAGAAUGGUAUAACAGGUCUAAUUGCACCACCUGGGUCGGGUAAGACUUUCACUUAUCUUAAAAUGGCUGCACAACAACAAGAACUAGAUGAGAAGAACCCAUUCUAUGAGUUAGUUGUCAUUUGUAGUACUUCUGGUCAAUUUGACCAAACCGUCAAUUCGUUCAAAGAUAUUAUAAAGAAGUCUAAGUUAGUAUGUAUAAAAGACUCUGAGUUGUUAGAUUGGAUAAAGAAGUACCAAAGAAGAGUUUUGAAGUAUAAUGCUAUAAAUGAGUAUAUAAAUUCGAAGUUUAAAGACCCAAAUGAGGAAAUGCAGAGAAUAUUAGAGAAGAAACACUUCAGAAACAAACAGAAAGAGAUAGAAUACAUUUCGAAGAAAUUGCAAUCUUACGAUUGGAAGACUUACCCUCAUAGAUGUCUUCUUAUCUUAGAUGACUUUGCUUCUCAUCCUUUGUUAAAGAACAGAGAACAAGACAUGUGUCGAAUUCUUAAGAAGCUCAGACACUUUAACAUCUCAGUUGUCAUUUGUGUACAGACAGCAAAGAGUUUAAGUAAGGAUGUUAAAAGAAUACUUACUGACAUUAUACUUUUCCCUGGAUUGUCAGAAGACGAUUUCAUGGAACUUAUGAAAGAGUCCAUGGCAGGUAAGUUUGACAGACAUGAACUAUGGGAGAAGUAUAAAGUCAUACAAGACCCUCAUACUUCUUUCAGAAUUCAUAUCUACGCAAACAAAGUUCAAAUUGUAAAAAGUCAGCAAAAAUAA